AUGUCAGCUCUUCGCCCGUCUCCGGCGAAGGAGAUUUCCGGCAACCCUGCACCUGCAACUGAAGAUUGCACGAAGACGAUGCUUCGCCAUUUCGUUCAUCUUGCGGGGGUUUCGUCUCCAUCCUUUGUUGGGUUACCUGAAUUACAGAAGUUGAAAGAACAGUCCAAUUAUUCACAUGGCACAACGACGACUAUUCACAUGUCUCAUCAUUCAGUUGCAGCAGAGAAGAACUUGCCUUGUCUCUGGUGGAACAAUUUUCCUUUUUCACAAUACAAUCAUCUUCCUGUAUAUGGGCACAAUAAAAGCUAUUCAAUGGAGCUCUCUUGUACAAUGAAAGAAUCAGUCUUGCUUCCGGCACUAUUUUCACGUUCAGAUCUUGUUCCAAGAGAAUUACAGCUGCACUAUGAGAUGGUAAGUGAGACUACAGAAGACGAUAUAGUGAACCCGGAAAUAGAUGACAGGUUCAAAUUUGACCCAAAUGAAUGCAGCAUUGCUCAUGGGAAAUGGGUGUUCAAUAGUUCAUUCAAGCCAUUAUAUUCAGACACUACCUGCCCAUACAUUGAUAGACAAUUCUCUUGUGUUAUAAAUGGAAGACCAGAUUCAGAUUAUCGUCACUGGGAAUGGCAACCUGAUGACUGUAUCUUGCCCAGGUUUAGUCCAAAGCAUGCACUAGAGAAACUCCGAGGGAAGAGGCUAAUGUUCGUGGGCGAUUCUCUGCAAAGAAAUCAGUAGGAGACAAGUCAUUUGUCUGUCUU